GAAAUAUCCUCCAAAUAUCUGUCUUUCCCUCCCUUGCACUUUUUCCCUCUUCUAUUCUCUCUCUCUUUUUAAACUUCUAUCAUUCCCUUCUGUUUUUGUCCAUUUCUAUUGAGAAACGAUGUUUCAUACGAUUCAUAACUAUCAUCCCUUUCCUUGUUUGCAUUGCCACCCUCAUAGCUACAUCCGCAUGGUUCAACAUCUUAUAGAAAGGUGUUUGCUUCUUCAUAUGAACCGAGAUCAAUGCAUAAAGGCGCUUGCAGAGCAUGCUAGUGUUCAACCCCUUGUUACGCUUACAGUGUGGAGAGAACUACUAAAAGAGAACAAGGUCUUCUUUCAAGCUUAUUUCCAUGGCAUUUCUCCAAGGCCUUUCAUGAGUAGACAAAUCCACAAGAAAGAAAGGUUUGCAAGAAGGAAACUAUGGAGGUGAAUGAGAAUCAUAAAAUCCCACCCAGUCUGAGAACUUAUAUAAUAGGAAUGAGAAUGUAGCGUGCAUGUAUUGUUAGCUAGGCUUUUAAGACAGUAUAUCAUGAGGUUAUAAUUCAUACUAAAGCUUGCAGGUAGUGUUCUUAUAUCUAGAAACUGAAUCUAUAUUGGAGACCCCAAUCAAAUGGGGACUAAAAUGAGUAUAGUUUUUAUAUUAUUUUCUAUUAUCUCCAUUGUCAAAGGCAUGAUCAUUUGAGCA